AUGGAAAUUCAAAAAUACAAUAUCAUUUCGCGCCACUAACUCGGAAGACGGAAUCAACAAAACAAUGGACGAUCUCUGCAAAUGCUCCAUGAAAUUCUUCUCCGAUCAACAGCUCUGUUACGCCGAUAUCCUUCCUCCUCAAGAGGUUCGAGCCAGGAUCCAAGUAGCCGUCCUCAAUUUCCUCAAGAUCUUGAACUCUCCUGAUCCCGCAAUCUCCGAUCUCCCUCUGAUCAAUAGGACGUCGAGUAAUAGCAGAGUGAGUGAAAGCAUCUUGACUGAUGUUUCGUGGCUUUUUCUGUCUCACUCCUUUUGUACAAGAUCAUUGAUAAGAGCCAACGCUGCUAAGGCUUUUAUUAGGGUAUGGAAGGUUAUGGAGAUGUGCUUUGAGAUUCUGAUUCAAGAGAAGCGAGUUACGCAGAGGGAACUCUUUUACAAGUUGCUUUGUGAUUCACCAGAUUACUUCUCUUCUCAAUUGCAGGUCAAUAGGACAAUCCAAGAUGUCGUAGCAUUGCUUCGGUGCAGUCGUUACAGUCUUGGAAUCAUGGCAUCUAGCAGAGGACUUGUUGCUGGGCGUAUCUUGCUUCAGGAGCCAAACCAAGAGGUUGUUGAUUGUUCUGCUUGUGGGUCUUCUGGAUAUGCAAUUUCUGGUGAUCUGAAAUUGUUGGAGAGCUUGAGCUUGAAGACAGAUGCACGCUAUAUAAUAGUGGUAGAAAAGCAUGCAAUAUUCCAGCGAUUGGCAGAGGAUAAUGUAUUUAACCAGAUUCCAAGCAUUCUACUCACAGCAAAAGGUUACCCAGAUAUAGCCACAAGAUUUCUUCUUCACCGAAUGAGUCGGGCUUUUCCAGAUUUGCCAAUUUUAGCACUGGUUGACUGGAAUCCAGCCGGAUUGGCUAUAUUGUGUACCUACAAGUUUGGAAGCAUAGGGAUGGGCCUAGAGGCAUAUAGAUAUGCUUGCAACGUGAAGUGGCUGGGAUUGCGUGGUGAUGAUCUAAAACUGAUACCUGACCAAUCUUUAGCUCCACUAAAGCCACGGGACCUUCAAAUUGCUAAAAGCUUGAUUUCCUCACAAAUCUUGCAGGAGCAUUACAGGGAAGAGUUGGCAUUAAUGAUGCAGGGUGGUCAGAGAGCUGAGAUCGAAGCUCUAUAUUUUCAUGGAUAUGAUUAUUUGGGUAAGUAUUUAGCAAAGAAAAUUGUACAAGCCAAUUACAUUUGA